UUCUCACAACUCACAUGCCAAUUUCUCCCUCUAAUCAAAUCAGUGAUAACCUUCCAAGUUAUUAUUUAAACCUUCCUCGCUUCUGCCAUCCUUCUUCGUCUCCCUCUCCUUCACAGAGUCACAUAAAAACUCACACCAUCCGAUUUGUCGGGUCGGGUCCUGCAAUCUCGGAGGUCGGAGCUCAUGGCCUCAGCGCGAAAAAUGGCGGGAUACGUGUCCACGAAAUUCUUGCCGCGAAUGAAUCCUAUGAGCCGCAGGCAACGGCUUUUGUCUCAGUUGCCCGAGAAGCAAAACGACGCCGUCGCCACCGCCACCCCCGAACUCCCACCCUUCGAUUACUCUCCUCCGCCCUACUCCGGCCCCUCCGCAGACGAAAUCCUCGCCAAGCGCAAGCAGUAUCUCAGCCCCUCCAUCUUCCACUUGUACAAGACUCCAGUGAACAUAGUGGAGGGGAAGAGGCAGUACUUGUACGACGAGAAGGGGGGGAGGUAUUUGGAUGCGUUCGGAGGGAUUGCGACGGUGUGCUGCGGGCACUGCCAUCCUGAUGUGGUGGAGGCCAUAGUGAACCAGACAAAGCGGUUGCAGCACUCGACGGUUCUCUAUCUCAACCAUGCCAUCGCCGAUUUCGCCGAGGCUCUGGCUUCUAAACUUCCCGGCGAUCUCAAGGUGGUGUUCUUCACAAAUUCUGGAACGGAAGCAAACGAAUUGGCUAUAUUGAUGGCCAGAUUGUACACAGGAUGCCAUGACGUUAUAUCUCUCAGGAACUCCUACCACGGAAAUGCAGCUGGGACGAUGGGGGCCACAGCCCAAAGCAUCUGGAAAUUUAAUAUUGUUCAAACUGGAGUUCAUCAUGCCGUGAAUCCAGACCCUUACAGAGGAAUUUUUGGUUCUGACGGAGAAAAGUAUGCCAGAGACGUCCAAGACAUUAUUAACUUCGGAACUUCUGGAAAUGUUGCUGCCUUCAUUUCUGAAGCCAUUCAAGGAGUGGGGGGCAUCAUAGAAUUGGCCCCAGGUUACCUACCUGCAGUUUGCAGCAGUAUUAAAAAUGCUGGAGGACUCUGUAUUGCUGAUGAAGUUCAGGCUGGGUUUGGGCGCACUGGAAGCCAUUUUUGGGGAUUUGAGGCCCAUGGCGUUGUUCCCGAUAUUGUGACAAUGGCAAAGGGCAUUGGGAAUGGCAUUCCCUUAGGUGCAGUGGUAACUACUCCAGAGAUUGCUCAGGUCUUGGUUCGCCGAAAUUACUUCAACACGUUUGGAGGGAACCCUGUUUGCACUGCUGCAGGAUUGGCUGUUUUAAGAGUGAUAGAGAAGGAGAAGCUUCAAGAAAAUGCGUUUGUUGUGGGAUCCUACUUGAAAGAGAGGCUCUCUGCCCUCAAGGACAAAUAUGAAUCAAUUGGGGACGUAAGAGGGAGAGGGAUGAUCCUUGGAGUUGAACUUGUCAAUGACAGGGAACUUAAAACACCAGCAAAAACUGAAACAUUACAAGUAUUAGAUCAGAUGAAAGAAUUAGGAGUCCUUAUUGGAAAAGGUGGAUAUUAUGGGAAUGUGUUCAGAAUUACACCUCCUCUGUGUUUCACUAGAGAAGAUGCAGACUUUCUGGUGGACGCGAUGGACUUGGCAUUAUCAAGACUAUGAUAUAAUAAAAUGUGAAAUUGCAGAGAAAGAGAGAUAUCGCGUUGGACUUGGCAUUGUCAAGACUAUAAUCAUAAAAGAUAUAUAAUGUGAAAUUGUAGAGAAAGAGAGAUAUUUAUGUGAUCUUAUAUGAUGUUACUAGAACCGUGACUGUUUUCCUCCUCUGUGAGUACAAUCUAGAAAUAUAUUAAGCAGAGUUCCUAUA